CGUAAACCUGUGUUCCAACACCCUAAUCAACCUCUCUCUCUCUCUUCCUCCCGGCCUAGUCCCGCCGCCCCCCCCUCCUUGCGCCGCCAUCUCCUGCGGCUGCCAAACCAGCGGCUCCCGCCGGUCUCCCUCCCUACCGGUGGUCUCCUCUUCUCUUCCUUCCAACCAUGGCCGAAGUUAGGGAGGGCUACAUCAACGGCUCUGUCGUCCCCCUCUCUGACGACGACGAUGACGAUAAAUGGUUCCAACUCGAUGCUCUUCUACAGGGUUGGAUCCUCUCCACUAUCACUGAUGAAGUCUCAGAUCUGGUCAUCUACUCUGUCUCCACCCCCUCUGCACUCUGGAAGGUCAUCCACAACUUGUUCCACGACAAGAAACAUGCUCAAGCUAUGCAACUGGAGCAUGAAUUUCGUACAACCAUCAAGGGCAACUCUACAAUGGAAGCUUAUUGUCAACAACUUCAGAAUCUCGCCGAUUGCCUCGACGAUGUUGAUGCUCCCGUCUCUCAACACCAGCUUGUUCUUCAACUACUCCGUGGGCUCCCUGCGGAUCUUCAGGACCAAACAUCUUUCAUGCAAUUUAAGGAUUCCAUGCCGAUGUUUAUGCAAACACAGUUUACCCACGAUAAACUUGAGCGGGCCAGGAUGGUGUCUUGCCGCCCCAUUUCUACUCCAAUGGACGCGAAGGCAAAGCUCUCCUCGUCUUCUGGCACGGCACUUCGAGAUCCCUCCCUUUACAGUGCUCUGUACCAACUGCAUCUGGUCAAGUCAAGCACCGCUCGAGCUCUCAUUCCUAAUGAGUUCAGAUUAGUUGAGGCUUUUGGAUAUACUCUAGGUGGAUUCUUCCUUGCUAGUUAUGAUGACAGUCCUGUUGGAACUUUCGACGAGCUUGUGGUGAUCGCUGGAAUUGUGUGGAACCCUCCUAUAUCUUGUGCGUAUGUCUUCAAGCCAUUGACACUAUGAGAUGGGCUGCUAGAGUGCUGGUAAACAACAAUGAGGCCUGGAUGCACGGACGAAAGGAGUUUGGACUUCCAAGCCAAGUAGCCAAGUUUUCAAAGAGAAUGGAGCCAAUUUCAAGGACUUUGAAUAAACUCAAUGACUUCUUGAGCAUGACUGGGAUGAGUUCAUUUUCUUCCGCUCCUGGUGAUUUAUUAGCCAUAAAAGUCACUGAAAUCAAGGGUCAACGAAUGAUCGAUCUAUGCAACAUCAACAUACACAAUCCAGUCCACCAUGACCUACACGCGAAGGAUGAAUGGAUGGGCCCUCUCAUCAAAAUGUCACUCCCUAGUUUUAGGUGAUAUUUGAGAUUUUUGUCAUUAGCUUAUUGUUUCUUUUUGUUUGUACUUGUGAGCUCUUAAAGCUAAGAUUGUUUUCAUGGUCUGAUAUUUGCAGUGGUCGUACCAAACAUAACCCUAAUCUCCUCAAAUACUCUUGCCAAAUUGAGUGCAGGGUGAGAAAAGUGGCACCUGCAAAAAUUUCAGACCCGUCUGGUGAAAACGAAGAAGCUAGUCCAAAUGGACAAAGAAAUCUCAGCCUGCAUGUGUUGCUCUCAAAACCACUCUUGGCUUUACACUUUAGUGGUCUUAAAAUGAGAGUUGAAGCUCCCAGUGUUGUUUCUUUGUGCUCUAACAAUUCCUUAGAAAAUCAUUGAUGAUAUAAACGAAUGACCAAUAAUAGGGUAAGUUUGGU